AUGACUUCCAGAGGGAGCAGAGGGCCUUGGAAGAUGGUUUGCUUCCUUGUGGCCAGCGAACGAUUUUCCUACGCAAUCGCUCAUUCUCGAGGAGAUUUUGGAAAUGAAGUUGGGUUUCAGGAGGAGGCCACGGAAAAGAGCUCGAAGAAGGCGGUGACCAAGGCGCAGAAGAAGGACGACGGCAAGAAGCGCAAGCGCAGCCGCAAGGAGAGCGUGUACAAGGUGCUCAAGCAGGUCCACCCCGACACCGGCAUCUCGUCCAAGGCCAUGGGCAUCAUGAACUCCUUCGUGAGCGUCAUCUUCGAGCGCCUCGCCGGCGAGGCAUCGCGCCUGGAGCAUUACAACAAGCGCUCGACCAUCACGUCGCGGGAGAUCCAGACGGCCGUGUGGCUGCUGCCGCCUGGCGAGCUGGCCAAGCACGCCGUGUCUGAGGGCACCAAGGCCGUCACCAAGUACACCAGCUCCAAGUGAGCUUGGCAAGUAAGCUGUCUUUACACCUAACUCCAAAGACUAUGAAGAUCUAUGCAUGAUUUCGAUCGAUGAGUUGUAAUUUUUUCACUCGGAGCAAUUUUUUUCUUCACUGUGUACUUACAACUUAGUUACCAACCUUUAAUGUUUCAUCAUUCCCGCAUACGAAAUACUUGAAAAGUACAGGAAAUAGCUAUUAGAAGUUGUCUACUCCCUACGGGCCCGUACAAGUUAAGUGUUAACUAUCACGUAAAUAUAUAACCAAUAUGAGCUGCAAAUGGCAUUCUAAAUUUGCAGCUCAUCGUGCCGUUAUACAGAUCUCAAGUUUUUCUUGAUCUCUGAGUUGGUGAUGACUGCCUGCCGUGAGCACAAAAAAUUGUGCUCUGGCAACUUCUAUCUGCUCAGAGCUGGCAUUUUCUUUUACUUUUUUCAUCUUUACCAUUUAGAUGUGUGAUAUUAAAACGUGGCUGAAGACAAUGUGAGAUUUCACUGAAAUAUGAAAAGCUUUCCUGCAGUCUCGCUUUGCUGCCCAGCGGAUUUCCAGGCAAGGCUAUGAUAGGCAAAGGGGCAGGCAGAGGCAAUUAUUUUGUAUCCAAAAGGCCUAGAGGGAAAGAGAAAGGGAAGCGGUCUUUGAGACAAUUGCGAGUUGUCUGUUACAGUAGCUUUCUAAGAAAGUUACUUAGUUUAUGGUCAUUUUGUGCCUUUUAGCUUAAAAUUCCUCAGAAAAUAGGAGGAUUCCUCACAGAGGUCCACACUCAGGUGAGGGGCUGGAGCCAGGCUGUGGUGAUCCCUCAGGGGCUUGUGUCACCUGAGACAUGCUGACAUUCUGAGGAAUUUAAGUACAGAUUCUGAGUCUCCUUACUCUGGGGCCUAAUGUGAUCCCCAUCUCCCCAGCUAUAGGACGAUUUGCCCUUAGACUGACUCAGAUCAAAGCUUUAGUGUAUCUCAGGAAUAAAGCCUUUCUUCUGCAGGUCCCCUUGGUUUUACUCUUUAUUCAUUCAUUUUAUCUAUUUAUCCAUCUAUUCAUCCAUCCAUUCCAGAGACAUUUCUGGUGUAUCCACCAUAUGCUAAUACUAGGCUCUGGGAUGUAGGGAUGAAUGCCCUUGCCUCCCAGGAGUCCAAGUUCUAAUGCAGAAGACAGACAAGAAAGCAGUUAUGGAGCAGAACUAUCAGGACAGUGACAAUUGCAAUUGCAGGAUCUGAGCUAGGAAGCCUUUGGCUUGGUCCGUGUGCCAGGUCCUAGCAGGGUGUGUGUGUGCAUACUCACGUCUUUGCAGAGGGAAGGGGUGAGUGUAUAUGGAGGCUGCCAGAAGGGACUGUUGGGGACACUUGCUUUCUUCUCUUCAGUUUCCUUCCAUGUGCCAAGUCCUCUACUAGACACCGGACCUCUUGCCAGACCCCUCCCCCUUACUCAUCAUCUUCCCAGGGGAGGUGAGUGACUUAUCUGAUUGGAGAGUCUGCAGUUCAUGAAGGAAAACUAGGACAGGGUGACUCAGCUCUAUCCCUGGUUGAGGCCAUUCCUGUCUGCUCUUCCAUGCCAUAAACUUUACAGAGGUCAGCUGUUGGGGCAGGGUGCUGCUUGUAGCUGGGUGAGUGGGUUCAGUACAAGGGGAGAGAAGGCAAAACCCACUUGCCUGAUAUAGUUAAGGCAACAUCCUCCAACCCAGCUUUUGCCAGUGUUUUCUGUUUUGAUUUCCACUGGCCCAGUUCCUAUGGCAGGAAACAAAGGUGCUAUUUGUUGGACUCUCUUGAACUCCAACACAGAUGAGGCUUAUUGUUGUCCCUAAGUGGAUGGUAGGGGUGGGCUCAUCACUUUGGCUUGACUGAGAGCAAUCGAUAUCCACAUGCUGAGCCUUGAGUGACACUGGGCUCUGUAGAGAGGAGAGGCACACUUUCAGGGACUUCCCUCCUUCAUUCCCUGCUUUACCGCUCCCUCUGAAGCAGCUCUGAUGCAAGAAAGGAAAAGCACAUCAGGAUGAAAGGAGAAAAUCAAGAUGGUCUUCUAUUAAAGUCUGUAGCUGUUCUACAAAGGUCAUGAACAGCCCUUGGACCAGGCCUGGGGCUCCCACUGAUGUGUGUCCCCGAUAAGACACAGGGUAGCUGGCUGUUUUCCUUUUGGGCUGUCUUCAUUUUGGAAAAGGCCCCUUUUGUAAAUGUGUUCUGGCUUGCCUUUCUGGAACACCUUUGCCCUCUUGUUUCUCAUGUUUGUCCAUUUCCUGUGGAGCUGAAUUUUGGAUUAUAUUUGUCCUUAGAAGAAUAUACUGUGUUCAUGUUGUCCUGUACCUCUUAGAAGACAGGUCAGGGGUUUCCUCACCCUCAGCCCCUUCAGGUGACAGAUGAGUAAGAUGCAGAGGGACCUUUGGUGGUGGUGGUGAGGGGUGCUACCCAGAAGGAAUUGGCAAAUACUCCACUUACCCACCUUUUAGUAUUUUUCUGUCAGACAUUGUCAUUUCCUUCGUUAACUCUAUCAGCUGAUUCCCCAACUGGCAACAGGGUCGGUUUUUUCCUAGUUUCAUGACAUCAAAAGCUUCACACAUGUUUAAAUACUGCAUUAUUGUUCUGGUGUGAGAAACCAAAAGUGGAAAUAAGGACAAAAAUGUAUAAUAGAUACUGGGAAAUGGGAAACGGGAAGAAAAUGUUCAAAUGGGAAGGGGACCAAGGGAGAAGGGAGGA